AGAAGAGUUUAAAGGCCUUCAUGGGAAGAAGCUAAAUAGAGGUUUUGAACAUUGGAGUCUGUUAAGAGUCUGGGAAUCUGAAAGCAUUCUCAUGGCGGCUGAAGACAAACCCCAAACGGGCAAUAGUGGGACGAACAAGAAGAGGAAGCAACGUUACCGUUCACACAACAAACCUGUGAAGAAGGGUUCCUACCCAUUACGUCCUGGAGUUCAGGGUUUCUUCAUCACUUGUGAUGGUGGCAGGGAAAAGCAAGCUAGUCAGGAAGCUAUUAAUGUCAUUGAUACUUUCUAUGAAGAGCUUGUCUAUGGCCAAAAUUAUGGUGCAAAGCGUGUGGCUGUGCCCAAUAAACCCUUGAAUAAAAUAACUAAAUUCUCUGAUUCUGAUUCAUCUAGUGAAGAAGAUGAUGAUGAAGAUGACAAGUCAGAUCGUCAUGAGGAUGAAAAAGUUCAUGAGAAUCAAGCGGAGGAAAAGUCAGAUUUUGGUAAAUUGGAUGCUGCUGAUUCUGAAAAUCAGAACAAUGAGAAAGUGGAUUCUCAGAAAGAGGAUGAUGCAACUCAUGAUAAGCAACGUAAUGAAACUGAAGAGGUACCAACAAAGAAACAACGCUUACAAACAGAUGCAUCAAAUGGUGAAAAGGUAGUAGGUGGUAAGAUGGAGGAGAAGUCCAUUGAUAAGCUAAUUGAAGCUGAACUUGAAGAGUUGGGAGAUAGGAACAAGCCUGAGAUCAUCCUUAUCAGCAAAGGCGACCUAAUGAUUAGGACACGGGGCAGAAAAAAUGCCCAUUACGCUGUAUCUCAGCCCUUGGCUUUAAAGGAGAGGCGUUUUGUUAGCCUUGAUGCUGGUUGUAAUGGUAUUGUCUUUAUUCAAAUGCAUAAAAGAGAAGGGGACCCUAGUCCAAAAGAGAUUGUGCAACACAUGAUGAUGUCAGCUGCUUCUACUAGGAAACACAUGUCAAGGUUCAUUUUAAGGGUAUUGCCUGUUGAAGUGGCAUGCUAUGCAUCAGAAGAGGAAAUUUCUAGAGCAAUUAAACCCCUCAUUGCAAAAUACUUUCCAACCGAAGCUCCAACCCCACAGAAGUUUGCAGUCUUAUAUGAUGCCCGGGCAAAUACGGGUGUUGAAAGGAUGUCAAUAAUAAAUUCAGUGGCAAAAUCCGUACUUGGACCCUACAAGGUGGAUCUUAACAACCCAGACAAGUCCAUUAUAGUCCAAGUUGCAAAGACCAUAUGCUUGAUCGGGGUCGUCGAAAAAUAUAAGGAGCUAUCAAAGUAUAACCUGAGGCAGCUCACAUCACCAAAGCCAUAACUUUUUCCUGUUAAUCUUUGAGCUCAAAAUCCUUUAAUACAUCAAGCUCUUCCCCCUGUUGAUUUUCAUGUUGGAACUUUAUCUGAGACUACACUAGUGUCUCCAAGGUGCAUGUUGGAGUCGAAGAUGAUUCAGGGAUACGAGAGAAACAUUCCAGAAGCAAAUGAUGAAAUUUCUAAUGUGAGAGUUGGGCGUGGAGCCUUGGACUUAAAUUUUGGACUGUGUUAGAAUCUUGUUAUUGACAUAGCUUGUACAUGUUUUUUUAAUUAUUAGAGAUUGAAAUUGUAGUAUUUAUGUUUAUUGAAAUUGUAGUAUUUAUGUUUAGGUGAAAAAGAUUCCCUGACCAUUGUAGGCUCCUUACUUGAUGAUAUUGUUCGUGCACUGCCAUUGGUGUGGUGUGUGAGAUUCCUCUUACAGCAGCAGCAUGGAGAAUCCUCCCUGUUUGUUUAUUCUCUUGUGGAAUUAGCUUGAGUUUUGCACAGUAAAA